AUGCACCAGGUAUUCUUACUCAAAUAUAUUUCAUCCUUCGAAGCUCAAAGUCGCAAACCUGUUCCGCUUUGGCUAGCUCUGAGCUUAAAGAAGCGGAGUAAAUGUACAGUCACCAUGCCAGACUGGUUAAAAACUGAAAAGUUAAACUCUAUUUUGAAGGCUGAACAUCGAGAGAAAGAGUUACAGAAAAUUCAUUUUCAUUACAUUGAAGUUGCACAUUCUCUGUGCAAGCAUGCCCGUGAAGAUAUGACGGACUGGAAUCAGGUGUACGAUCUUGUGGUAAGUUACUCAAUAUGA